UGCAUCCUCAAACCACACACUACAAGCAAUAAUGAACCAAUUUUAUUUAAAUGGUUAGGAAUUGCAAGGGUUAGCUGUGAUGCCAGCAGUAUAGAAAAACUGCCCUACCUGAAGAGCAGUGCUAUUUGCAGAGAAGCAGCACAAGGAAUAAAUGUAGAAUUCUGUUCUGUGUAUACACAGCUUUCUGCAUUCCGAGUUUCUCACAUUUUUUUCCAUUCUUUCCCUUCCCCUCUGUCAGUCCUACACAUGCAUGCACACACAGACUACUGGAGUCAAGAUCUCUCAGCACUGGCAUCAUCUCUCCCUGUAUGAGUCCCAUUAAUUUCUUAUUUUUACAAAUCUAACCUCACACAAGAGGACAUGGGCACAAUCUGGCGCUGAAUUGUUUCCAGAUUUCCCAGAACUAAGGAACUUCAUGUCACCUGUGGGACAUAAUGCUUUGCUGCUUUUACUGCUUUUUGAAUGAAGAUGUUCUAUUUGGAGAGCAAUUCAGAGUAUCAGUUUUUUGGAGCUUCUGUCCUUUUCUCUGUGCUUUAAACUGACAAGUAUUUGAGUCUGAACGUGAAAGAGAGGAUUGUUUGUACAAUGCUUUUAGAGAAGUGGCUUGGGUUUGUAACCUACACCUUUCACAUGUGGAUAUUUGUGAUACUGACUUUUCCUGGAGGUUCCCAUCAAGGGCAGUACCAAAGAAAACUUUACAGAGAACUUUUACGAAAUUACAAUCGCCUUGAACGACCUGUGGUGAAUGAUUCUCAGCCUUUGCUGGUAGAGCUGCAACUCACCCUGCUUCAGAUAAUUGACGUGGAUGAGAAGAACCAAGUUUUGAUUACAAAUGCAUGGCUACAAAUUACCUGGAAUGAUUUCUACUUGACCUGGGAUCAGAAUGAAUUUCCUGGAGUUCAAACUCUUCGUUUCCCAGCAGAUCAUAUAUGGGUCCCUGACAUACUGCUGUAUAACAGUGCAGAUGAAAGAUUUGAUGCAACCUUCCACACCAAUGUUUUGGUGAACUCCUCAGGUGCCUGUCAGUACAUCCCACCAGGGAUUCUGAAGAGUACUUGUUACAUUGAUGUCCGAUGGUUUCCUUUUGAUGUACAAAAAUGCAAAUUAAAAUUUGGCUCUUGGACCCACAAUGGCUGGCUACUUGAUCUACAGAUGAUGGAAGCUGACAUUUCCAGCUACAUUCCCAAUGGAGAAUGGGAUCUAGUUGGUGUGCCAGGAAAAAGAAAUGAACUGUAUUAUGAAUGCUGCAAGGAGCCAUAUCCUGAUGUGACAUACACUGUGACAAUGCGCAGACGCACUCUGUACUAUGGUUUAAACCUUCUGAUACCCUGUGUCCUCAUUUCUGGACUGGCUCUGCUAGUUUUCCUCUUACCAGCUGAUUCUGGAGAAAAGAUCUCUCUAGGAAUUACUGUGCUGUUGUCCCUGACGGUGUUUAUGCUGCUAGUUGCUGAGAUCAUGCCUGCAACAUCUGAUUCUGUGCCUCUCAUAGCUCAGUAUUUUGCAAGCAUUAUGGUAAUCGUUGGCCUUUCUGUAGUGGUUACAGUGCUAGUUCUGCAGUUUCAUCACCAUGAUCCUCAAGCAGGAAAAAUGCCCAGAAUGGUAAGGGUUAUCCUACUAAACUGGUGUGCAUGGUUCCUACGAAUGAGAAAACCUGGUGAGAACAAAAGGCCCAUACCUUGCAAAUAUGUCUAUCCAAAUCACCAUUCAAGUAUCAGUAGCAUUGAAAUGAGCAUAGCACCUGGUCACCAGUCCAUUAAUGGAAACCUAGUAUAUUGUGGAUUCCACACUCUGGAGAGCCCAUGCUGCCCACCCAACAGUGAUUCAGGGGUUGUGUGUGCCAGAGUCAAUUGCCCAUCCUUAGAAGACAGUGAGCUGAUUCAGAAGAAAUCCUUAAAGGAGAGCAUGCCAGAAAUAGUGAAGAUAUUGGAGGAAGUGCAAUACAUUGCAAGGCGCUUCAGAGAACAGGACGCAGGAGAAGAAAUUUGCAGCGAGUGGAAGUUUGCAGCUGCUGUCAUAGACCGUCUGUGUCUUGUGGCAUUUUCACUUUUUGCCAUUAUUGCCACAUUUACAAUUUUGAUGUCAGCUCCAAACUUUACUGAGGCAGUUACUAAGGACUUUACAUAAAUGCAAUAUGCUCCUGCUGGAUAGAAAGAGCAAAUCAUUUGAAAUAUUCCCCCUUAUUAUGUCUACGAGUCAUGCGGACGAUAAAAAUGUGAUAAUAUAUAUGUCUUUGUGCUAGAAAUAAAUCAUAUCUCUAUAAUGAUGUAUUCAACAGACCACAUCCAAAGUUGCCUAAAUAUCAUCUGAUUAUAGAAGACACUUUUGUUUUUCCAAUAUUCUUUUUUUACAUUGCCAUAUAUGGUUUGCAUACUUCAUAUUAUACUGUCAUAGGUCUGUGCUGUAAGGAAACUUCUAUUCUGGCAAAACUGUAAUAAAUCGGCAUUCCUGCUAUUUCUCAGAUUUUCUUGUAUGUCCUGCACUUUUUGAAAGAGAAGCAUUCAUCUAUGACGGAGUAUGUAGUAACAUUAAUUAUAGUAUAAUCAUAUACACUGAUAGAUGCUUCAUGUGUGUUACGUUAUGUCUUGCACCACUCACAUCUUACUUUGUCUUGGCCACUUUGAAUUCCAUAUUGAAACAUUUAUGAGGAGCAAAACUCCUAGAAUUUCAAGAAAGACCACCCUAUUCCUGUUAGGUCUCUACAACAGAGAUAGAAGGUCACAAUAAAUAAUGUAGGCUUUCAACUGUUCAGCAGCCAUGAAAUAUUCUCUCCGCCUAAUGCAAUUUGCAACUACUAUUUCCUUUAUUGGCCCCUGUGCUUGAGGUUCUUCAUUAAGCGAAGGGUGCAUUUAAAGGGAUACUGUCAUAGGAAAUAUUUUUUUUCAAAACUCAGUUAAUAGUGCUGCUC